GACUUCUUUCGGUGACCUGAUUGGCUAAUGGAUGCGUGACCAGCCUCUCAAAAUAAGUCAGGGGCGGGCUCUUGUUGUCAUUGGCUUAAAGGCUCAGAACGUUGGCAGAGGAAGCGGAAGGGAACCGCGAAGAGCAACUGGUAGCGGGAUGGCGGCUGCAGCUGAGCCCGGGAACCUAGCUGGUGUGCGGCAUAUUAUCCUGGUUCUUUCUGGAAAGGGGGGCGUUGGGAAAAGCACCAUCUCCACGGAGUUAGCCCUGGCGCUGCGCCACCAGGGCAAGAAGGUGGGGAUCCUAGACACGGACGUGUGCGGUCCCAGCAUCCCACACAUGCUGCGUGCACAAGGCAAGGCAGUGCACCAGUGUGACGAUGUCUGGGUGCCUGUGUUUGUGGACCAGGAGCAGAGCAUCGCCCUCAUGUCUGUGGGCUUCCUGCUGGAAGACCCUGACGAGGCAGUGGUGUGGAGAGGUCCCAAGAAACAUGCACUGAUACAGCAGUUUGUGUGUGGCGUGGCCUGGGGGGAUCUGGACUAUCUAGUUGUGGACACACCUCCAGGGACUUCUGAUGAGCACAUGGCCACUGUGGAAGCCCUGCGCCCCUACAGGCCCCUGGGGGCCCUAGUGGUCACCACACCACAGGCGGUGUCUGUUGGCGAUGUGAGGCGGGAGCUGACCUUCUGUAAGAAGACUGGGCUGCAGGUGCUAGGGGUCAUAGAGAACAUGAGUGGCUUCGCGUGCCCACACUGCUCUGAGUGCACCAAUGUCUUCUCCAGAGGCGGUGGGGAGGAGCUGGCCCGCCUGGCUGGAGUGCCCUUUUUAGGCUCUGUUCCCCUGGAUCCCCAGCUUACCAGGAGCCUAGAGGAGGGCCGUGACUUCAUCCAGGAAUUUCCCAAGAGCACUUCGUACACUGCACUCACUUCCAUAGCCCAGAAAGUUCUGCACAGGAUGUCUGCUCUGCACUCCUGACAGCCUCACAGCCUCCUUGGUGCUGAGUGCUCUGUUCUCAACCUACAGGGACUUUGGGAGCAGAGGUCCUCGGGACUGUCUUGGGACCUGCGGUUGCCCGGCCUGGACAGUGGCUGUCUAUGAUUACGUCCGUGCUGAGAUCUUCCUGCAGGACAGUGGCAUUUCCCAGUGGUUGUUUGGGUUGAGUUUACUUGCCGUCAGCAGCUUCACCAAACUAGUCUGUAGCUCGAGGCAUGGCUUGGGUUCUAGCUUCUUGAGACAGUAGUAGCCUUAACCUCCACUCUAUGGGCUUUUUGGGCCAGCUCUAGUCUCUUCU